UGUGUGGUCAGGGGCAAUAUGGCUGACCCACAGUUCGAGCCGUUCAAGAUAUUUUUCGACCAGAUGCCUCAACAUAUUAAGGCCCCCGUUAAUUGCUACAGGAUAGCCCAUGAUGUGGACUUUGCCCAAACGGACGAGAUGAACAAGACGCAGGCGGCUUGUUCGCCUCCCGAACAGGAGCGCCGCCUGCCAUCACCUGUGGCAGAUGGCGCAGACAGGGACUUGGUUGACGCCGUUAAUCACGCAUGUACGAUGAUGAACGAGCUGUCAGCCGGCGGGCACACGGAGCGCCGGCGGAGAAGACUGCCAGCCAUCCCAGCCAACCGAAAACCGCUGGCAAAGCUGACGCAGCAGCAGCCGAGCUCGUUGGCCGAUGAGCUUCGGGGCGCGGAUCGCGAUGGGCCGCAGCAGUCCUCUCUGCCGCCCGAGUCCGGCCCCACCAAGCUGAUCCGGCAAGUCUCGGAUCGGCUAUACCUCGAGAUCGACACCUCCGGCGCACAGCCAAAGUCCUGCCUCAGGUUGUAUGACAAAUCUCUGCUGAGUGGGGCCACAAACAGUGGAAGCCUGAGUCCAGAUGACCUGAGGUCAAGAUUGAGUCUAGACACGGGUGUCGACAGCGGUAACUCUACAGCUCACUCGCCGGAUGGUGCCAAGUCCAUAUCGCCCGCAUGCAAUGGGAGCCCCCUGUCGGCAAGCAGUCCCAGCUCAACGACAACUUCGGGGGCCGGCCUGCUGCAGCUGCAAGAUGCCACGCACCGGGGUCUCUACCGGUUCGUGCCGAGGCACGCGGAUGAGGUGGGCAUCGACAUCGGGGACCCCGUCUACGUCAGCAAGGAGGCAGAUGACGCGUGGUGUGAAGGUGUCAACCUGAGGACCGGAGCCACAGGGAUCUUCCCAAGUGCCUAUGUAAUUGAUGCUGACUACUCAGACUUUGGCUCAGAGGGUCAGCAGAUCAGGAAGGAGCGCUACCUGCUGGACUUCCUGGGCUCAGUCGAAGUGUCCUGCCACAAGGGCAGUGAAGUCUUCUGCCAGGCGAUUCGAAAGGUUGCCAAGGCCAGUGCUUCCGAAGUCGGCGUGCACGGUUCACAUCCGUGUGUCCUCGAAGUCACCGAUCUCGGCCUUCGGAUGGUGGACCGUGGGCGACCAGCUCCAAACCAUGUGCCAACCCAUGACUACUUUUUCAACCUCAAGAAUGUCACCUUCUGUGGAUACCACCCAAAGGAUCACAAGUAUUUCGGAUUCAUCACAAAGCACCCACUACGAGAACGCUUCGCCUGCCACGUGUUUCAGGCUGAGGGCUCUACACGGGAAGUGGCUGAGGCUGUCGGGCGAGCGUUUCGAAAAUUCUACCAAAAGUUCAUCGAGAUGGCCUACCCUGUUGAAGAUAUUUACAUAGAAUGAAUGUGGAGUGGCGAGAGAGAGCCAGCAGUCAUGGGAUUGCCUCCACCCUUCCGUUUGGAGAGUGUUACACGCACCGACUUUCGGCUGCACAUUUUUGUGUGUGAUGUGCAGGUGCAGUGAAAUGUUUGUGCAUUUCUUUUUGUGUUCAGCACCUGGUUUGCUGUUCUUUAUUUACACGGCGACGCUGUUGCCUUGAUCGCUUAAAGAAGGAAUAUCAAAUCGCAGAGGUAUAGACCACCUUACAUUAAGUGCAAAAUGCAAUGCAAAGGCACAGCAAGGAAAACACGUGCUAACUUUCAUUCGGCUGCGUGCUAGAUGUGCAGUAUGGUCCACUUUUUAAUGGAACACCUGGCUCGUAAUGGAGCCAUUGUGAUGAUGCGGUUAUUGUGUCUAUGGCUUGCUGUCAUAAGCUUUAGUACAUGAUGGAGCUUACCUUUACUUUCUCUGCGUUAAUUUUAUGUACUAAAGCAUUCGAGUCCCAUGUUGCUCUCAGUGUACCUGCAAAAUGCCCCUUCCAUAGUCAUUUGGGCUGCAGCAUCGUCACAUAAUAUAUAAAUAAAUGAACAAAUAGCUGCAGCACUUCUUUAAGGAGGAAAGGUGGCUGAUACAAUGCGGUUGGAGACAUCUACAUGCAGAAAGUUAUUUGCAGGCCUUUGUGCCAUGACUUGCAUAAUCGAUUUCAGGCUGGGUGUUCCCUUUAAGAGUUGACCGUACUGUAUACUUCUGAAUAACUUUGGAAUGAACAUGGAAUCUGUUCUUUAAUCAACAGCUGGUUGUUGAGAAGUCGUUUCCAAUUGAGCGAACUUGUUUUUUAUGCUCGCACCUGCCGCUCUAGUUAGUGCCCCAGUUGAAAGCAGCAUUUUUUGAAGAGAUGCGUUCGAAAUAUGGCCUCCUGUUUUAUUGAAAUGUAGGCAUUCAGGGGUGGGUAUCAAAAGAAAGGAAAUGGCACAUGCUCAGAGAGCUCGCCAUUGCUUUGCCCCGGCUGCUCCAUUUUCAAAAAUGCAUCCAAAAGGAUGCAUUUUCGGAUGCAUAUACUAUACCACGUUCUUUUUUUUAAAUUUUUAACCUUUCUGUUGUUUUUACUUAUUUAUAGUUACCCAAGAAAACUCUUGGUAUUUGUGCAAAACAAGUGUUGGUUAGUAACACAGCCGCAGAAACUGCAUGUCAAAAGGCCAUUUUCAAAAGGGAUGCUACGAAAGGCUAGAUUGAAAAGCUGUAUCAGUAAAUACCCAACUCUGCGAUAGCACAGCAGUCAUUGUUAUCUUUAGACAAGGUAUAUUUCCUUUAGGCCAGAAAAGAUGCACACACGAAAGAUGGGUAGCAAUGCCACCCUUUUAUGUCCCCGUACCAGCUUGAAUGAUGUCAUGCAGUAUGACAUCUUCUUUGGUGUGGUUAAUUUGUUAUCAGUAAAAAUGAACUGUGCAUUCUGAAAGAACCACAGAUUUACUAGCAAGUCUGGAGACGUUUCCAUUCGUGAAAGUGGCUUCGAUAUGAUAAAACGCUUUUAUAAAUCUGUGCUGCCACAUUAAUGUACCGACGUGGAGGUAUUAGCGUGAAAUUAAAAAGAAAUUUUAAAUUUAGCUAUUGUUCUUAUUAGUAACAACCAAGCUUUCUUGACCAACUUAAAGACAGUAGAGCUUUCAAAGAAUACUUCAGCAGUUUAAAGUCAUAUUGAGUUGCUCUGUAGCAUUCCUUAACGUUACCACAAAAUCCGUUAGAAUUUUGGAUGCACGUCGAAGAGUGAUGUAAUUGUAUUGGGUGCCAUGGGAUAACUAGCACCUCGGUAUUCUUUUCCUUUUCUUUUCCCCUUACAAGUGGAUAGAGUUGGCUGUUGCAUAGUGUGUUCUGAGAAAAUUGAGCCUCGAAGAAAGAAAGAAACUGAAAAAGACCACAUUGUUUUCUUCAGUCAAUGUUGACUGUGCUCAAGAGUCAAAUAAGCUGUCCAUCAAACUUUACCUGGAAACGUUGAAUGCAGUGUUGGUUUUCCUACGGUGACUGUCAUUUCAAUUUUGUUUUGAAAUGGGCAGGUUCGAUUUAUGUCUGACAUGUAUGAGAAGUGCUUCACAAUUGUUGGCACGGAAUGAGUGAGCGGGGGUGCGUCUUUUGGGCAUGGAAGUGCUGUUGAUGCCCAGUGUGGGACGUCAUAGGAGGAUUGUUGGUGCACUGUGUUCAGUAUUCAUUGUAUUCUGUAGCAUGCCAUGGUGGAAUCCUCCAUUUUUAUUUCUGUGUUUGUUUGGAGUGAGCGAGAUGCCAAGGGGGCACAAUGUUCUCAGCCCCCUUGACUUUUGCUUUCGUGUCUUUAUGAAAUUUUUCGUCCACAUAUUCAUACUUGACGUGUUAUCUUGACCACUGGAACAGUACCCAUGACUGAAUAUAGUCAGCGUACUUCAGCAACACUACUUAAUAAUUACCGAGCUGUGAUUCCGUUAGGCACUUAUGGCGUCCAUUUAUAGGCACCUCAUUGGUGAGGUCAAUACUCAAGCCGUUUGUUGACCCGUUGCCGAUUUGUUGCAGGGACUUGGUAGUUAUGGGGUCUUGCUAGUUGUACGCACAAAAUUACAGAGUCCAAGAUUGAAUUUCGGCCAUGCCAGCAUUCUUCUUCACGUUGCAGGCUGGAGUUAAAAGACACACUUUUUGCAUCUGCUUCAUGAUGAUCAAAGGUGUGUGCCCGCCCUGUCCCUGCUAUUACACAAUAUUGAUCAUAGUCCACUGUAUGCUUGGGAUGUUAAAGGGAAAUUGAAGGAAAAUACUGAGAUGAAUUUUAUCUGUAGAUUAUUCGUCCAGAAGUCUGUCAUUGUUUUCUGCGUGCCAUCAUAUGACUGUUGCAGAAAAAAUUGCCACCCAAGGUCCCGCUGCUGCAACUCAACUUCAGUUGCUCAUACCAAAAUGAAUCAGUUAACGUAAUCCCCACGUGACCUUCCUCUUUGCCAACCUUCGUGAAUCAACCAGUGCUGAAGUUGCACGAUUGGUACCAUAAUCCACAAUAGUUGGCGCCACUCCUACUUUUCGUUUCCAUCAUUGUUUUUUCGCUGACAUAAGCUCUGUUGUUACUAUGAAUGACGAACUCGUUAUUGCAGAACCUAAUCAUUUAAUCUAGCUCGACUUAAUAUUUUGCUUUAGUGCCCUUUAAAGCUGAUAACUUAUUAUCAUUCCACAUGUCCAGGAUCAGGAGGAGCAUUACACAAGUGCAGCGACUACUUUGACCUAGAGACAGCACUUCCAGAAAGAGGGCCAGUACUCGAAAACGGACUGAUGCCUUUAGUGCAUAGGUGUUACUCAGUGCAGUUUGCCACCUUUGCAGACUAUUGGAGGUCUCCUGCUAACCUACUUGAGGGAAACGGCACAGCAAUCGAGCUAGGGAAAAUUUUUAUCCAACGUUUUGUGCAUUUGGUUCUCUCUGCGUGCCACAUCAGAGAAACACCUUUGUUUGCCUCUGCAGUUAUUCAGAAUUGCAGAUAGCUUUUGCUGCCGUGAACUGUAAACUGAAGCGCAUUAGCUUAGUUUAAUUGGCAGCUGUGUUUCCCACUCUUCUUUACUAGCUGUAUCUUUAUCAUGUGCAUCUUCGUGCACUUGUUGAGGCAUUUCUCUUGGUUGUUGCCUGUGGUGAAACAUGAGGUACUGUGUGGUGCUUGGUAAAGUGGAUGCCCAAUUAUUAUGUUGGUACCAAUUACAGCGCAGUUAAGUCAUGAAUUCAUGCAGGCCUCUUAUUGCAUUUACGCCUAUGUGUCCUAUCAGCCAUUGUAUUUUUCGAUUUGAUUAACAAGUGUUAUGGAUUUAUUGACUAUUACCAUCUAGGUGUCCCCUUUAAGAGUACUGUACAUUGUAUGUCUUUUUUUGCGUGGCAUUUUAUCUUGUUCUGCGGGUGUUUUUUAGUACGGUCACAAAGGCAGCUACAUCCUCAAUUGCUGUGCAAUCCACAUGGGCAUUAGCUUUUUUCACUACACUUUAUUUAUUUUGCUACAUUUGUAUUUAGCGGCAGGCUCUUGAAUGGACACUUAAGGCAAAAUAGCAUCAAUUUGUGCACUUAGUUAUUCGUCCAGAAACGUCGGAACAUUUAUCUUAUGACAACUUUGUUGAUGACUAGAUCACCUUGUUGCUGAGAAAGUCAUGCCUUAAGGAGCUGUGCAAUUUCUUAAAGUUUAAGCCAUCUUUAGUAAAAGCACUAUUACACUGGUCAUUUCAGAGAUCAUGCUGUGCUGCAUGCCUAUGCCUGCUUUCAGCCAGUGGACCAUGCAGAGGUGUCGCCACAUUCCCUUUUAAAAGUUCUGAUGAAGCAGUGGGAAGAGGCAUUCUCCUUUUCUUUGAAAAUCAACAAUAUUGACCAAACUUCUUUUGCUUUCGUGUUAAAAUGGAACAUGGUGUGUCUCGCCACAGUGCCUCAGUGGCCAUGAUAUCCUGCUGCAGGCCACAGAAAUGUAUUCCUUACAAAUGUGCUGCUGCAGCAAACACAGAAAUGUACUCUGGCUACUCCAGAGGCAGUGUGAAAUUUGUAUUUCAACCCAGCCUAGUUAAUGGGGUUGCAUCGAGCAGAUUUUCAUAGUGCACAUCGGAUUGUCGUGGCUUCUCCUCGGUUCUUUCUCCGCAAGGUGGACAAUACCUGAUAGCAGUGGAUAUGCUAGGGCACAAACGUCAUUGCAUUGCCAUAACACCUAAUUCUGGUUCUAUUGGUGCUCCUUCCCCGGUUUUGGCCUUUUACAGUGAGGCUACCGAGCAUCCAGAGUAAAAAUGAGCCUUUAGUUUAAAACAGCUUCAUUUUGAACUGUUUCAUACACGAACAAUUGAAACCAUAUCGAACUCUGUUCGGUAGUCUGUGGUACGUUUAUAUUGUGUGCUUACAGCACAGUAGCUGAGUUGGUGUUGUAUGGAAGGUCGACAAGCAUCACCGGCAUGUGCGUUUGUGUCAUGCUUGCUCUUAUGUGGUGCUGGUACCAGUACACAGUGGCUGGUACUGGCCUUCUGGGUUAAGUGUCGCCAUGUGCUUUAACCGGUACCAGUACUGUGGAAUGGCAGGCCUGAUUGAGUGACACCCACAGGGUGUUGCAUGGUACUUGUACAUGACAGCAGGUACCAGUGCUUUGUGGCAUAAGUUUCACUGAGUAAUAGGACUAGUACCAGAGUCACAGAAGUGCACGCCUGAUUCUGUGACAUCGGGCCAGCACUUAAUUAGUCUCUCAAUACCACUGCAUGCUGCAGAUUUGUGGACGUUUGGUUUGUGGGGGAUGGGGCAGAUAUUUAGCAUCUCCGCAGCAGAACCUCUUGUAUAAAAUGUAAUCAAGGCAUGAAGAAACAUUGAGGUGACACUAGUGAAGAAGGCAGACUGAAUCCAGAGAAGGCACAGUGGCGACUCAUUACGAAGCCUACUAAAUGUCUGUUUCUGCGACCCGAUGUCUUGGCUAACAUGAACGGUUCAGAUGAAUCAUGAUGUUUAAAGUAUGGGGCAAGAGUAAUUUUAGGACAUGGAUUGUUCUAGAACACACAUGCAUCUCGACAGUGAUGAAUUGGGCUAGUUCUACAUUCUUAUUGCACUACAUACGCACUAACUAGGACAAAAUGAACACUAAUGGAACUAAUUAAUUAGGUUUUGGUCAUGAAGAUUUGUAUGCGUGUGCGGUUUACUCUCUCUGGAUAUUCAGUGGUACCUUUGCCUUCACAAGAGCCGCAAUCAGUGCUUGCUUUAGGCUUGUUCAGCACAUGCUAACUGAUACUCUAUUGCUGUGACCCACAGUAAACAUGACAGCCAUAGAGGCAGUCUGCGUGGUGGACAUGCAAGCAGAAUUUCCAUCCAGUAUGAGGACUAUCACAGUCAGCCUGCACCCACCUCGAGUGCACGGUGUAUGGACGUUGUGUUACCGCCAAAUGCGCUGCGCUUUCUUAUUGCCUUGGGCAAGCGGGACUUGAAUGUUGUUGAGAGCGCUUUUUAGAUGAGAAAGUUUUGUAUAUUUGCGCCCAUUUUGUGAAACUAGUCUAGUUGUUCCGCUUGUUCACUUUUUUAGCUCAUCAUACGAAACUUUUUUGGCUACUUACAGGAAUGGAAUAGCGCUUUUUUUAAUGAGCACUCCCCAUCAUGUUGCAUUUUUUGUAGAGUGGAUUUUAAAAGAUACACAUUGUGCAAAGGAGCAUAGUGUGUAGGCUAUGGAAAUGUUUUAUUUUAUUGUCUUGUGCAUUUUCAACCCCCUUGCUCAUUUUUGCUGCUGCAGAAGCUGUGCUGUUUGGCAUUGUCAUAUGCAUGCGAUUGUGUUUGUCUUUGCAAGUUUUACUUAAUGAUGUUUUUGUUGCCACUUUAUGCAAGUGGCGUGCUGUUUUUACAACCUGUAAAUACAAUUCAAGAAAGCAGCAUUCUCAUAGUCUGCUUUCCUGUUUCCUAACCCACCGUAUAUUUAGUGCAGGCCAUGUUCAUUGUACUGUGCAUGUUGCUUUGAAAAUAGUUUCUGUUUUUGUGACUACAUGCAGCCACCAAAAUGUUUUUUUCUUCUGUUUGGCUACAGCCUUUCUGACAAAUGUCUUGUACAAAGCACUAUCUGUAAAGCUGUUAGCCAUAGCACGUAUGCCUUGUAGGUGACUUGAUAAACUAGGUGACCUCAGAUAAUAGAUGGUGAGUGUUGAAAGUAUGAUUGUAAAAAAAAAAACUAAUUUUUUUGUCAUUUGAACGUGGAAGCUAUUGUGCUUCUGAUUUCAUGUUUUGCCAAAGCUCUCAAUUUGUUUUUCUGUAUCGAAUGAAAAAAAGAAACGGGAAAUAUGCUGUUGUAUGAUGUUUUUGAGAACAUAUUCCUUGUUUGAUGAUUGCUGCUUUGCCAGCACUUUGAAUGCUCAGUGUGUACUCAACUUGUGCCACAAAUUUGUACAGAUAUGUUGCACAGUGUAACACUUUUGUAAAUUUAGUAAGCAUGUUCUUUUAUUGUAUUGAAGCUUCUAUUCACAGCUGCUUUUGUUUUAUUGUUUUUUUAGUGACAGAUUUGGUUUAUUGCACCCACAAUAUUUUAUUGACAGCUGAGUGUGUUACUCAGCUAUGCGAGGAUUUGCUCAGAAACCUCUGUGCUCCCCCCACUCCUUUCUUUUCUCCUGAUCGCUAUAUGGAAAGACAAAUGUGUUCAUGUAUAUCUACAUGUAUUUACAAAAAUGCCAUGUAGAGCUUAUUUGAAUGAAAUGAAUGAUGCCUGGUGCGAAA